GCGGAAGCUCUAGUUCUAUUUUCGCGCAUGCGUACUUCUCAUUCUGUCAGACAACAGCAGCCAGUAAACAUGGCUGGUGUUGGUUUCCAACGUUUGGUCAAGGCUCUCGCUAAGAGUAAAGGUUCUGGCCUCUCAGUCCUUGUAUCGGGAUGUAGAGCAGCGUCUGGUGCGACAAAGGGCAGUCUGCCUGGUCCAUUCCCAAAGACCCCAGAGGAGAGAGCUGCUGCUGCAAAGAAAUACAAUCUAAGGGUUGAGGACUAUGAGCCGUAUCCGGAUAACGGAGAGGGCUACGGUGAUUACCCAAAACUACCAGACAGGUCCCAACACGAGAGAGACCCCUGGUACCAAUGGGACCACCCUGACUUGAGGAGGAACUGGGGAGAGCCGAUGCACUGGAAUUUUGACAUGUACAUCAGAAACCGAGUGGACACAUCUCCAAGCCCUGUGCCGUGGUCAUCGAUGUGGAAACAACUGUUUGGUUUCAUCGGGUUCAUGUUGUUCAUGUUCUACAUGGGGGAAAAAUUACCAUCCUAUCAACCUAUUGCCCCAAAGCAAUAUCCCUACAACAACCUGUACUUGGAGAAAGGAGGAGAUCCUGCAAAGGCACCAAAAGAAGUUAAAAAUUAUGAAAUCUAAACCUAAAAUACAAUUUUGCUCUUGUAUAUAUCUCUGGCAAAAAUAAAGACUUAUGUUAAUGUCUAAAA